AUGGCAGGCAGGGGGGACAAGCGGCUGGCGCUGGCGGUGUACAGGGCCAUGCUCAAGUGGAGCCGCACCAACGCCGACGUGCCCUUCAGCCUGCGGCCCGGCGACGUGCACGCGCUGGCACCCCACGGCAGUGCGGCAGCAGCCGCGCUGUCGCUGCAAGAUGCGGCCGCCAUCCCGCCCAUAGCCCGCGCCGAGUUUGACGCCUGCCGGCAGCUGGAGGGGGAGGAGGCGGAGGAGGCUCUGGACCGGGGCAUCGACGGCGUGCGCCUGCUGCACACCGUCUACUCGCAGCAGGUGCAGGGGAUGCGGGAGGUGCGGCGCGACCGCGAGGACAAGACCGGCGUGAAGUUUGCGGUGGGGCAGGUGUUCAUCCACAAGAAGUACGGCUUCCGCGGUGUGGUCUACGGCUGGGACCGUGAGUGCCAGCGAGAUGAGGACUGGCAGCGCGCCAUGAACGUGCAGCACCCCCACCAACCCUUCUACUACUGCCUCCCGGAUGAGACCGACUGCGUGCGGCUCUUUGGCGGCGUGCGCAUCACCAAGUAUGUGGCGCAGGACAACAUCCAGCCCAUCGACUCCCGCAUCGUGCACAGGGCGCUGGACAACUACUUCUCCAGCUAUUCCGCCUCCCGGUCCCGCUACAUCCCAUGCCGCAAGCUGCAGUACGAGUACCCGGACCGGUAUGAGGCCGAGGAUGCGGCGCCUGUGGGCGACGACGCCAACCUGCUGGCGCACGAGGAGGUGCGGGCCUCGCCCGCCACGCGGCUGCAGGCUGGGCGCGACGGCGAGCGCAGCUUCGCAAAGGCCAAGGCGUGA